AAAAAACAGAAAUCAAUCUGACGGAGCGUUUCCAUUGGUUACAGGCUCCUGGUACCCAGGAAAGAGGAUGUAGCAUCUCCUGCGGUAGCUUAGCAAACAGGGCAAAUGUGAGGAAAGGGCGGCUGUUGUGCGGGUAAACAUGGGACGGAUAAUGGCCAUAUGAACGAAAAGGUGAUGAUUCACCGGCAGGUGAUACUGACCCAGAACUUGUACCAGAACAGGUUUCUCGGGCUCGCAGCAAUGGCCUCUCCAUCUCGUGCAUCUCAUGGCAGGAGGCGAUGUAAGGACCCGAUUCGGCACAGUUUCAACCCUGAGCAGUUCCCCAACGUGGACUUCCAGAAUGGCGUUUCUGAGGAGCUGGCGGCGGCCGUGCUGCGCUCCACCAGCGACACUGACCUCGUGACCUCCCACUGCCGCUCCACCCUCACCGUCAGCACCUCCAGCUACACCAUCGGUCAGACGCAGGACAUCACCCUCUGCUGGGACAUCAAGGAGGAAGUGGACGCGGGCGACUGGAUUGGCAUGUACCUCAUUGAUGAGGUUCUGUCUGAGAAUUUUCUGGACUACAAAAACAGAGGUGUGAAUGGCUCCCACAAAGGUCAGAUCGUCUGGAAGAUCGAGGCCAACUCCUACUUCGUUGAACUGGAGACUAAAAUCUGUUUUAAAUAUUAUCAUGGAGUGAGCGGAGCCCUGCGGGCCACCACACCAUGCGUGACCGUGAAGAACCCGUCCGCACCGGUGUUUAAGCCGGUGGCCACAGAUGACGUGCCUCAGAGUCAAGGCAGAAGAAGACUCAUCAGCUUCUCUCUGUCAGACUUCCAGGCCACCGGGCUGAAGAAAGGCAUGUUUUUUAACCCCGACCCCUACCUGAAGAUCGCCAUCCACCCCGGCAAGCACAGCAUCUUCCCUGCCCUGCCUCACCACGGCCAGGAGAAGAGAUCAGGCAUCGUCUGCAAUACCAUUAAUCCCGUUUGGCAGAGGGAGCGCUUUAAUUUUGUGUCUCUGCCCACGGAUGUGUUGGAGAUUGAGGUGAAGGACAAGUUUGCCAAAAGCCGACCCAUCAUAAAGCGUUUCUUGGGCAAGCUGUCCAUGCCAGUGCAAAGAUUACUGGAGAAGCAUGCUAUCGGUGAUCGAGUGGUCAGUUACACUCUGGGUCGGAGGCUUCCAACAGAGCAUGUCAGUGGCCAGCUGCAGUUCAGGUUUGAGAUAACCUCCUCCAUCCACCCAGAUGAUGAGGACAUGUCUCUUAGUACAGAGCAGCCAGUGGCAGAAGCUCAAGUCCAACCUCAAGCAGAAGACACCAUAAGCUUAGACCAGGAGGCCCCAGAGUUGCCCUUAGAUGGAGAUACAGCUUCUGUAGAGAUCCCCAUGGACGUUGAAUCCGGGCAAAACUGUGCAGCUGAGGAAGAUGCAAUAGAGGAAGAGCCUUUAGAGACAGAGCAACAAAUGGAGCACGGUGGACCCAACAUGGAAGUAGAAGAGACGGUCCAAGAAGAGGCAGAAUCUGAUAGUGCCUUUGUCGAUGAGCCUGCAGACUCUUCAGGAGCUACUGCUGGAGUCGAAGAGGAGGCGAUCUCGGACCCGCAGCCAGUUUCAGAGGAACCAGAGGUGGAUCUGGAGGAAGGCUGCUCGCUCAGGAUCAGAACCACACCGAGACGGAAGCCACGACCCUGCUCUCUACCCGUGUCUGAGCUGGAGACUGUCAUCGCUUCAGCCUGUGGCGAACCCGAGACGCCACGCUCCCAUUACAUCCGAAUCCACCACCUGCUGCACAGCCUGCCAUCCACCCAAUCUCAACCAGGAGAUGCAGCUGGGCUUGCGCCCGACAGGCCGCAGGGCGUAGAGGAGGAGGAAGAGGAGGAGGAGGAAGAGGGUGCGACACUUGAGCCUCAUGCUUUAACACCCAACGGCCCCCGCAGGACGCUUCCCCGCAGCCGCUCACACGAGCGCCUGUCCGACCUCAUUCAAAUGCUCGACGGAGAUGGGCAACCAAUCGGGGCUGAGGGCCAAACCGGAGUUCAGAGGUCACCAGGGGAAAGCGAAUGCGAUUUGAGCCCGGUCCCCUGCUGCAGUCAUAUGGCACAUAGGGCCUCGGGCCCAGUGCGGGCGCCGUCUCUAGACAGCGCACGUAGAUCGGAGAGCACCGUGUUCUCCUCACAGGAUGACGAGGACGAGAUGGACAGGGUGAACGGUAUUCUGGGAUUUGAGGGAGAGACCGGACAAGGCGCUAAGAGCCGGGAGCCAGGGGAUGGAAGCUGUCAGUGGGAGGAGGCGCCAGACAGUCACGUCCAGAGCCCGCAUGGCAUUAUGGAGAAUGGAGAAUCACCUGUAGCUGGUCCAAGCAGCAGGAGAGAAUGUCCUUUGCCUUGUAACCAUCCUGCAGUGAGCCAGCUACCAGCACUGCGGCCCGACCCACAUCACUAUCCCACCAUAGACGAGCCGCUGCCCCCAAACUGGGAGGCCCGUAUCGACAGUCACGGUCGUGUUUUCUACGUGGAUCACAUUAACCGGACCACCACAUGGCAACGGCCCACGUCCGCAGCCACGCCGGAUGGCCUGCGCAGGUCUGGUUCCGUCCAACAGAUGGAGCAGCUCAACAGGAGGUAUCAGACCAUCCAGAGGACGAUGGCCACUGAAAGGAGAGAUGAGGAGUCAGGCAGCCCGCGCAACGAGAGAACAGCCAACACUGAAACCGACUCGCCUCCACAAACAACCGAGUUGAGGAGAGACGCGCCAUGUUCUCCGGGUCAUUGUCAGAAGAUCACUUUACUACUACAGAGUCCAGCAGUCAAAUUCAUCACUCACCCAGAGUUCUUCACUGUGCUUCACGCAAAUUAUGGAGCGUAUCGUAUGUUCACCAACAGCUCGUGUCUGAAACACAUGGUCCUGAAGAUCAGGCGGGAUGCUCGAAACUUUGAGCGCUACCAGCACAACCGUGACCUGGUGACCUUCUUGAAUAGGUUUGCUGAUGCUCAGCUGGAGCUGCCGCGUGGCUGGGAGAUCAAAACAGACCCACAGGGGAAGUCGUUCUUUGUAGACCACAACAGUCGUGCCACAACCUUCAUUGAUCCCAGGAUCCCCUUGCAAAACGGCAGAUUGCCCAACCACCUGACGCAUCGCCAGCACCUGCAGAGAUUACGCAGCUACAGCGCAGGAGAGGCAUCAGAGGUGUCGCGCACCCGAGGGGUGUCUUUGUUAGCCAGGCCUGGAAACAGCCUGGUAGCAGCUAUACGAAGCCAGCAGGAGCCAGUACCAUUGGCCUACAAUGAUAAGAUUGUAGCAUUUUUACGGCAACCAAACAUCUUUGAGGUGCUACAGGAGCGACAGCCGAGUCUGGCGAGGAAUCACUCACUCAAGGAAAAGGUGCUCCACAUCCGAACCGAAGGCACACAGAGACUGGAGAAGCUGUCGUGUGAUGCUGACCUGGUCAUGCUGUUAAGUUUGUUUGAGGAGGAAAUCAUGUCUUACGUUCCUCUCGCUUCAUUUCACCCCGGGUUCAACUUCUCUCCGCGCUGCUCCCCCGGUUCUUCUCCACAGAACUCUCCAGGCUUCCUCGAGCGAACUCCUCUCGUUCCAGUCUGCUGUCUGUCUGGUGAGGGCUCUCCAGGGACCCAGAGGGCUCGGGCACCAGCGCCCUACCGCAGAGACUUUGAAGCCAAACUGCGCAACUUCUACAGGAAGCUUGAGGCAAAGGGCUAUGGGCAAGGACCUGGGAAGAUCAAACUGAUUGUCAGAAGAGAUCAUCUUUUAGAAGGAACGUUUAACCAGGUCAUGGCCUACUCCCGUAAAGAGCUCCAGAGAAACAAGCUCUACAUCACCUUUGUCGGAGAAGAAGGACUGGACUACAGCGGACCAUCGCGAGAGUUUUUCUUCCUGCUGUCUCAAGAGCUGUUUAACCCUUACUAUGGCCUGUUUGAGUACUCCGCUAACGACACGUACACUGUCCAAAUCAGCCCCAUGUCUGCUUUUGUGGAAAACCAUUUGGAAUGGUUCCGUUUCAGUGGUCGAAUUCUCGGCUUGGCAUUGAUUCAUCAGUAUUUGUUGGACGCUUUCUUCACCCGCCCAUUUUAUAAAGCUCUUCUCAGACUAUCCACAGAUCUCAGUGAUCUGGAGUAUCUGGAUGAGGAGUUCCACCAGAGCUUACAGUGGAUGAAGGAAAAUGACAUCACAGAUGUGCUGGAUCUUACCUUCACUGUCAAUGAGGAAGUGUUCGGCCAGGUAACAGAGCGGGAGCUGAAGUCCGGCGGGACAAACAUGCAGGUUACCGAGAAAAACAAGAAGGAAUAUAUUGAUCGGAUGGUGAAGUGGAGAGUGGAGCGAGGCGUCGUCCAGCAGACUCAGGCUCUGGUCCGAGGCUUUUACGAGGUGGUGGACUCUCGUCUGGUUUCUGUGUUUGACGCCAGAGAACUGGAGCUGGUUAUUGCAGGAACAGCAGAAAUUGAUUUAAACGACUGGAGAAACAACACAGAGUACAGAGGAGGUUAUCAUGAUGGGCACAUCGUCAUCCGGUGGUUCUGGGGAGCGGUGGAGCGCUUCAAUAAUGAACAGAGACUGCGUCUGCUGCAGUUUGUGACGGGCACCUCCAGCGUGCCGUACGAGGGCUUCACCGCCCUGCGCGGGAGCAACGGCCUACGGCGCUUCUGCAUCGAGAAAUGGGGCAAGAUCACAUCGCUCCCGAGGGCGCACACAUGCUUUAAUCGUCUGGAUCUUCCGCCGUAUCCGUCCUACACGAUGUUGUACGAGAAACUGCUGAUCGCUGUGGAAGAAACCAGCACUUUUGGCCUUGAGUGAGGACUUCACGUGACUUUCCCGUGUACACUGUAUUUACUUAUCUACUAGCGUGGAUCGUAUCCUGUGUUCGUUUCUUUGGUUUGUUCAGGACACCACUGCAUGCAUCAGUCACCUGCGCGGGUGUACAGUGUGUAACGGGUAUGCAACAGUGAAAGAGAAGCCUUCAACCUGCUUUAACACUCAGGGCCUCGACCUCCGCUGGAGUCGCUCUCAGUUCGCACACCAUCAUUUCGCCAUAAACCGUCGUUUUCUUUUGGUGCAUUUUGACAAGAAUUGUAAAGUUAAAACCAAA